UUUGGUACUAAUUAUUAAUACGCCAGCGUGUAGGGACGACUAGUUUCAGCUGCAGUCAGUGCACUUGCAGCAGAACAUACCACUAGACAAAAAGGCCACAGAGUAAUUAAUUUAAUGCACGAUUACAGCAACAGCGGUGGUCUGAGUUUUAUUUCAAAAGUCAUGUCAAAUUAGAAUAUUUAGCAUCAGUUUUAAGGGAAAAUAUAAGUAAUCGUGAAGGUAUUUUACAUUUGUUAGUGGGGCACACCCGCCUCAGCUCAGUUGGAUUCCUCCGCCAUGGCCGGUCACGUGACUUUUUCCUUCUCGCCAUUUUCCUCUUCUCCACCGGAGCCGUCGCUGGUCGUCCUCGCUGCUUCGUGGUGUUUAAAGCUGCCCAGAGGUGACGGUGGGACAGGGGAACCCCCCGCCAAAGAGAGAGAGAGAGAGAGAGGAUAUUGCGCCGUUUAACUUUGUCGUCCGAAGGGAAGUGUGACAAUGUCUUCUGAGGAGAGCCCCGAGUACUCACCUUUCUUCGCCGUGAUGGGAGCCUCUGCGGCCAUGGUCUUCAGCGCAUUAGGAGCAGCAUAUGGGACCGCGAAGAGCGGCACAGGCAUCGCCGCCAUGUCUGUGAUGCGGCCAGAGCUCAUCAUGAAGUCCAUCAUCCCUGUCGUCAUGGCUGGUAUCAUCGCCAUCUAUGGGCUGGUGGUUGCUGUGUUGAUAGCGAACAACAUCUCACCGACAGUCUCUCUCUACAAGAGUUUCCUGCAUCUCGGCGCUGGACUGAGUGUGGGCCUGAGCGGUCUGGCAGCCGGCUUCGCCAUCGGCAUCGUGGGCGACGCCGGGGUGAGGGGCACCGCUCAGCAGCCCCGGCUUUUCGUGGGCAUGAUCCUGAUCCUGAUCUUCGCCGAGGUGCUAGGGCUCUACGGGCUGAUCGUGGCCCUCAUCCUAUCCACAAAAUAAGUGUCUCUCCUUUAAACCACCCUCUCAUUUAUUCCACAUCGAAGCAGCGAGAACAAAUAGGAGCGUCUCACCUUCUUCCAUGACACCCCGCGGAUCUGACAGGAUGGGAUGGCAGCAGAAACAUGCUGGCUGUCAACUUCGAUGGCCUCGUCCUCUUUAGAUGUGAUCUAUUCCGUUUUGUUUUAAGCCAUCCGGUUGUGUCAGAUGUUGUGUGUACAGAAUGGGCAUGAACAUUACUGUUUGUUGUGAGAUGAUGUGUGAACAGUUUGCCUGAUUAUAUCGUCUAAUCUUAAACUGUACAGUGAUCCAGAGUUCUCCCACCCCCAGUAAAUAAAUGUAGUAACCAGUCCGUGCUGUAAGUAUCAACGUUUAUUCCCCCCCCCCCCGUGCCCAUUCCUCCUCUUUUUUAGUUUUGUGUUUUGUUGGUGGGUUUUAUUCAUCAUCUGUUUUGAGACUGCUGAAAAGUUGUGCACAAUAGUAUUUUAUUUUUUCAUGUUCUUUUUGGGAACCAUCUUUGAAUCUCAGAUAUUUUUUGUCACUAUUUAUGGAAAGCUAUGAAGAUUUUGAAGCCGUCUUAAUGGAAAACUGUUUAUUGAAAUUUCCUAUAUACAUAAAAUAUAUAAGUUAUCUGUGUAUAGUUAGAUUUAUUGCACUGUGGGUAAUUGUUCAAAGUGCUUGGAAUUCCUCUGGAUAUAGUGUGAUUAAUAUUGGAGAACGUCCACAUGGAGAUGACAGGAUGUGUGUUUGUAUGUGUGAGAGAUCUGAGUGCAUAAAGUGUGGUUUUAUGUUUGAUAUGACAUUCUCAGACACUAGUAUUGUUUACCUGUUGUGCUGCUGUCUUGAUUUUGUUUUGUUUUUUGUUCAAAUGAGAGCUCACUGUUCAGCCAUACCUGUCAGAUUUCCAAAUAAAACUCAACCUCCUCCA